GAAAGAGCUAAAGAUCUAAUCUCUAAAGGCACCACCUUCAAGCGUAAUAUUAAUCCAAGUUCCAAACGAGCCCUGGGAAGAUAUCUAAACUCGAUUGAUUGGCCUCAAAUUAUUCCAUCGACUAAUGAUUGUGAUCAGUUAUCGAACAUGUUUCAAAACAUAGUCCUUACUGGGGUUAAUAUAUUAAUGCCGAUGACACGAUCAAAGAAAUGUCCUGUCGAUGCCCCCUGGAUAACGAACCAUUUCAAAUCGCUGAUCAUUGAAAGGCAGAAAGCUUUUUCUACCUAUGGGCCUGACUCGAGCAGUUUUAAAUCUCUUCGAAACCAAGUAAAUCGAGAAAGGAAAAUCUGUAAAUCAAAUUAUUAUAAACUCCGUGUACAUCAAAUGAAACAAACAGACUCCAAGGAAUGGUGGAAAGAAGUAAAGCGUUUAAGUGGAAUGGCAUCUACUAGAUCUAGUGAUAUUAGAAAUAUAAUAGAUAUUGAAAACCUCGAACAAUUAUCUGAGCAAGAAUUAGCUAACAAGAUCAAUGAAGCUUUCUUGGAUCCCUUAUCU